ACACACACACACACACACACACACACACACACACACACACACACACACAGAAAAACUCUAAUGUAAACCUUUUGUUUGAAGUGGUUCAUAUAAAACAUUCAAGCUCUCUCCACUCAAUAGAAUAUUUCAGUGGUGUGUUGACGCCGCCGCGCCGCCAGGGAGCGCUGUUCGUUUUGGCUGGAUGUUAGCGCCGAAUGAUGCUCCGAGUUUCGUUUACUCCACAGUUUGUGCAUCUGUAACUCGGCAAGAUGGUAAGAUAAAACGCUUACCUGGCAUUAUGUCUGUUUUCUAUAAACCACUCUGGAAGAAGUAACAAGUCUAAACGGGCGGACUGGCGUGGCUAGCUAUUCACAUUCAAAUAAGCUAAUAGUUUACUGCAGCCCAUAUUUGCUAACACAUUUGCUAGCUGUUUUUAUUUUUGAGUUAACGCUGUCUUAAUAUGUCCAAGUGGGAGCUUUUCUCCUGGUUUCCAUGGGAAAUCACGGAAAAGUGAGGCACAAACAUGCGGCACCACUGGCUGCUCCUCGGGGCGUGUGGCUGGGUCCUGCUCAUCCUGAUGUUUGUCAGCAGGUUCAUCAGCUUCAGAGUUGGAGAUGAUUAUGGGGAGCGACAGGGUCAGAGUUCAACAGUGGGAGGAACCAAAGUGGUGAAACCCCUCUCAGUGUUUAACCAAGAAAAACAAGACCCAACACCAUCGCACCAGGCCUCGGUGGUGCCCUCAGUGGCCGACUGGCAGGCGGUUGUGGAGGAGCGACUGGAGUUGCUGUCGACUGUGUGUAAAAACAGCAGCCUGAGGAAUCUGACCCAUGUGCCCAUCAGCAAGUUUGUCCUUGACCGCAUUUUUGUCUGCGACAAACACAAGAUCUUAUUCUGCCAGACGCCUAAAGUGGGCAACACGCAGUGGAAGAAGGUGCUCAUUGUUCUCAAUGGAGAGUUUACCAGUGUGGAGGAGAUCCCUGAAAACCUCGUGCAUGAUCAUGAAAAGAACGGCCUGCCCCGCCUCUCAUCGUUCACGCCACAGGAAAUCACUCACAGGUUAAGCACUUACUUCAAGUUCUUCAUCGUCAGAGAUCCCUUCGAGCGUCUGAUUUCGGCCUUCAAGGACAAAUUUGUGAAGAACCCCCGCUUCGAGCCGUGGUACAAGCACGACAUCGCUCCGGCCAUCAUCCGAAAGUACCGCAGGAGCCACCGCGAGAGCGACCUGGCCGCCUCGGGCCUGCACUUCGAGGACUUUGUCCGCUACCUGGGCGACGCGGAAGGCCGCCGGCGCAUGGACCGGCAGUUCGGCGAGCACGUCAUCCACUGGGUGACGUACGCGGAGCUGUGCGCGCCCUGCGAGAUCCAAUACAGCGUGGUGGGGCACCACGAGACCCUGGAGCGGGACGCCCCCCACAUCCUGAGGGCGGCGGGGAUCGAGCGGCUCGUGUCGUAUCCAGCCAUCCCCCCGGGCAUCACGCGCUACAACCGGACCAAGGUGGAGCGCUUCUUCUCCGGCGUGGGCAGGCGCGACGUCAGGCGCCUCUUUGCACGCUACCAGGGCGACUUCCGCAUGUUUGGGUACCCGAGCCCGGACUUUUUACUGAAUUGAGACGUUAAACUGACAAACGUUUUAAUAAAAUCCUUUGCGUCCUAUAAAUGUGGCAGUAGGUUGCACACUUCAAACUCUGCCAUGUGUUUAAUGCUCUGACGGGCUGCAGAUGAAACUGGAGGUAAUAGGUCCAUUUAAGCACUAAAUACAGGUAUACCAGAAGAACACAUCUUAAUAUUUAUUUAUGAUCUACAAGCCCUUGUGAUGUAGCCAACGUGUUGCACUGCCUGGAUCUCCAGUUUCAAAUACACUUGACUAAACAUUUUUCAUGGAUGUUUUUAAAAAGCAAUAGAGCCAUCUUAACUUUUGAUAGUUUUCGCUUCAUGCAAGCCACAAUAACCUCUUGUAAAAACGGCUUUAGAGAUGUCUCGAUAAAACAAUAUAGAAACUCUUGUAGCUGCUCUGGAUCUUCCAUUAGUGAAACAAAACAACAAUAAGGCUCAGUUUGUGCAGCCGAUAACAUUAACGAUGGAGCUCGUAUUUUAAAUGACAAUUUUUCUACCAGAACUGUUCCUGUGUAAAUGUUAACUUGCAGUUUGAUAUGUUACAUGUUGCUAUUUAUAACAGAACUUGGAGACCAGUGGUGCCAGUGGUUUCACGGGUCGGUUGGAAAUGCCUAGUUUUAAUAAAUGUAAAUUUGAUG